AUGGAGGUUCUUGCUGGCCAGGAACACAGCAAGGACUUCGUUUGUCCUUCCUCCAGUUCCGAUGAGAGCCGGGGGUUGUUAGGUAAAGACAGAACCCCGUCCGAAGGACGGCAAAGUCGGAUACAUCCUGCUGUGGGCGCUGCGGUUUUAGGUUUGAGCGUUCUGGCGCUGGUUUCAGCGCACUUAUGGCUCACACCAAACCGACCCAGCCAAGGCCACCUGCGAGGUCACCAGAGAGUACGUAAGGUUCCAUUAGAAGCUUUGGUGCUGAAAAAUGAGGACCACAAGGAGGACUUGGUGGUGGCUACAACACCUUUGGGUCGAAAGACGGUUGUGACGGAGAACUGCAUUUGGCAUUCUUGCGGGAACAAUACAGUGUGUCGGCUUUCAGCCCUCGAUGGCACGGACGACGGAAAUCGGAGUGCCAACGUGACCAAAACCAAAGGUUUGGCCGAAUGCAGACAUUUGUGUGAGAAGACGGGCGAGGAUUGCAAGGGUGUGGAGUACAAUGCGGAGACAGGGAGGUGCGAAGUUUGGACGCAGCCCAUCUUCUCGCAUCGUAGCUGCAUCACGGGGAAGGAUUGCCCAGAGGCGGACGAGAGCCUGGAGCAAUCGAGCAGAUGUGAUGAUAAGGCACUAUGGUUUUUAACCUGCACCCAGUUGUUGAAGAUUUACUUCAACGUGGAGAUCAAGAGUCAUGCCACCAAAGCGCCGGUUCUGACUUUGAGCCGUGACCGCACCUGGGCUGUUGAGCCGCCCAGAACUGCCAAGAGCAUCUUCCACAAAAACACGCGCGCAGGCACAUUUCACCGCCCGACCACGGCACCUGAGUUCACACGCUUUGAUCCCGUGCCCGGCCUGCCCAACCUGGUCCAGGGCGUUCCUGCUUCCCCUCGGGGCAAACGCUUGGUGCCCCACGCGCAUAGGAUGCCCAACAUUCCCGUGCGCGGCGCCACGGCCGCUGGCCCCUGGGCCGAGUGCAUCGUGUCGCCUAGGAAGGCUGCAUGGCCAAGACAUGGCACUGAAAAUUCCUUGAUGUUCAGGAACCCCUUGGAACGUCGAGCGGCUCAUGAAGGCUGGGGCGAAGAGGUCUCUCACUGCGCUUCGCCUGUUCCACCAAGCGGGCCGAACCAUCAAACCACCCAAGGGACUACACAGGCCACCAGCGAGUUGCCAAAUCUACGCUUGACCCAAUAG